UGGGAAGAAAAGCCUGAAAUACUUUUUUUUUUUUUUUUUUUGGUUCUUUUUUUCGGAGCUGGGGACCGAACCCAGGGCCUUGCGCUUCCUAGGUAAGCGCUCUACCACUGAGCUAAAUCCCCAGCCCCUGAAAUACUUUUUAAAGGAAUACAAUUUACUGACAGGAAUGAGGUAUAAUUACUUUUAGAUGGAGUUAUGUUUCCCUAACUUAGGACCAAAGAGGUCCUGUCUGCCAAAACAUUUUUUAAUCUUACACACAUUUUUUUAACUAUAGUAUUUUCUUUUUUAUUGCUGUUUAUUUUUAAGAUUGUAAUUUAAUUCUGUUUUUCUCUUGCCUUUUCUUCCUCUAAAUCUUCCCAUAUCCCCCUCUUUGCUCUGUUUCAAACCCAUGGUCUACUUAUUCAUUAAUAUAUAUUGCAUGCAUAUAUGUCUCUAAAUAUAGCUUGAGUCCAUAUGAUGUUACUGUGUAUGUUUUCGGGCUGACCAUUUUUUAAGCAAAAUUUUAGAACUGUAGGCGCAUCUUUUUUCCCGAUUAUCCAGGAGAGGGAACCAUUGAUUAAGGAUGCUGACACAGUUUAUCCAGAAGAGGGAGCCAUUGGUUAAGGAUGCUGACACAGUUUAUCCAGGAGAGGGAGCCAUUGGUUAAGGAUGCUGACACAGUUUAUCCAGGAGAGGGAGCCAUUGGUUAAGGAUGCUGACACAGUUUAUCCAGGAGAGGGAACCAUUGGUUAAGGAUGCUGACACAGUUUAUCCAGGAGAGGGAGCCAUUGGUUAAGGAUGCUGACACAGUUUAUCCAGGAGAGGGAGCCAUUGGUUAAGGAUGCUGGCACAGUUUAUCCAGGAGAGGGAGCCAUUGGUUAAGGAUGCUGGCACAGUUUAUCCAGGAGAGGGAGCCAUUGGUUAAGGAUGCUGGCACAGGGUCUUGGUGCUCGGCCUCUGCUGCUAUCCAUGUUAACAGAGGGAAGCACCACAGAACCUCAGCUUAUCUAAGAUGCCUGUGGACCCACAAACCAUACCACCCUGGCUUUGGGGGCUUCUUUUAUGAAAUGCAAGAUUGUAUUAAUUCUCAAGUAUUUGUGAUAGAUUAAGGAAGUUGUUAAUCAUCAAAGACUGCUGUGGACCAGGUGUGGUGGCCUUUACUAUCAGAACUCCAUUGCCAGCAUUUCAGAGGCGGAAGCAGGUGCGUAGUGAGUUCUAAGACAAGCACCGCCCCUGGCAAGGAAGUAGUUUUAAAUGUUCUGGUCUUGUCCUGCUCCUGCAGUCUUUCAGACCCAUGAUGUUGGAGAAUAUCUGAAUGCAUCUUCCAAGGUAGCAUCCUCAGGACACAGCCUAAGUCUUUCAGCUUCAGACUUCUGUGGGAUAAUUAUUAAAUUACAGAUUAUUAUCUCUCCUCUACUGGAUGAAUCACUGGAAAUGUGAUACAUUUUAGGUGAGCCUUGUGCACACACAUGCAUCUGAAAGGUGCUCACAUCUGUGGGCCUCUGUCCUGGCAAGCCUGACUUCCUUGUGUGGAAUAAUAAAUGCUGACACCAAUGAAAGACACCCAGGGUAGAGGGCGGCAAUGGCUCCCUCCUACCCUCUGUGCUCUGAGUACGAUAACAACAAGAUACACAUAUGCUUGUAUAUUUUCAUGGUGACAAACUUUUCUUAGUCCAUCAUAGAUCUGUUUUUCUCCCAAAAAAAAUGUUAAAGAUGGCUAAGUAAAUGUAUAUCAAUUUACCAAUUUCCAGAGAAAACUGUGAUACUUAGCUCCAAAACCAUUUUAGACGUAAUUCAAUUAUUUUAAUGAUUUGGGGAAUAUUAGAUUAAGCCUCCCCAGUGCUAAAAACAUGGGCCUGUGCCCGUGCAUCACAUAGUUCCUUGAAUGAACCAGGUGAACAUUUGGAUUGAUAGAAAGUUAAACCACCAAAUAAUUCAAUCUGAAACAUUUUAAAUUCAAGAGGUCAGAGGAGCCAAAUGAAAUUGUCCUCUAUGGCUGAAAGUUCUUAGCAACACAUGUCCUUCCACCAACGCCUUUCCCACGAGUCAGAGGAACCCAGUUCAGCCUUACUAGGGAGUCAUUGAACAGAAUCAUUACAAAUACACAAUCUUUUCAUUAAAACUAAUUAGGUUUGUGAGAGUAACUUCAAACAGCACAGGAAUAACGUAUAAAAACCGUGCCUUCCCAACUGAAACUUCUCCAGGGGCAGUCGACACUGACUUUCUCACACAUCUCCUCAGAAUUACCUCCCCCAAUACAGCUCCCAACUCAUUCACUCCAGAGGUGACUACUGCAAGCAUUCUUCUGUGUUUCUUCAGAAAUAUUUACCUAUUUCUUGUCCCCUGUCUCCCCCGUCCCUCCUGUCACCAUGCUUUUGUACCUUACAGUAUACGAAUUCUGUAAUUACGAAUAUGCCCCAUCCUUUAAAACAAGGCACAGUCUGUUCUUUAUAGUUUACUUAAGUGAAAUGGAACGGUUUGUUAUUCUAGCCUCUCUUUUGUGAUUGGUCUGGCAAUGAGAACUUUUGUCCCUAGCCUGUGUGGAAUUUAUAGCUAUAGAAUAUAAUCCUAGAGUCUCUAUAAAAUGUAUGUCUGUAGGUGCUGGUCCAAGCAUAUCAAUUUUCAAUGGUCACCAGGGCUGUGGCUCAGUGGUAGCACUUGGCGUUCUCAGGACCCAGGUCUGCUUCUCAGCAACAACGAUGAAGUAAAAUGGUGGUGGCUAAAGCGCUCCUCGCUGUGUUACUAAAAAUGAACAGAUGCUGGGCUCAGCUCGGUUCCCCUUCAGAGCUUUUCUUCAGUUACUCUCUGUGAGUUGACAGCUGCUGCAGAGAGAUGUGCAGAUUCUGUAGAAUUCAAGGGUUUCUGUGAGAGCAUAGUGUCUCGGGCUUACCAAGGAACUCUGACUGUGCUCAGCCACAUGGCCUCUAGUCACCACUGAGCCGUGGGACUGGAGCAGGAAUGACUGCGGCUGAGAUUCUGAGGAAAAUGAGAGAGGUGAGUGAGUGAGUCACUGCUGAAGAACUGUGCCCAUCUUACCAGGACUGCCAGGACUUUGUUCCCGGUUCCUUACACCACCUUUCACCUACCAUACUGCACACACUGACUCAGCAAGAAUGCAUUAGCACUCACGGCUUAAUUAUUGUUUUUCUUAUGUAUAUCUAAGUAUUCUCAUGCAUGUGUGCAUGUAAACCACACACAUCUUUGCCUAAUGCUCACAGGCUGGAAGAAGGUGUUGGAUUCCCUGAGACUGGAAUUGCGUCAUGUGGGUUCUGGGAACAGAACCCAGGUCCUCUGAAGAAGCAGUAAAUAAAUGUUCUUAACUGCCCAGCCAUCUCUUCAACAUGGUUGCUUGUACACACUUAGAUGUGGAUUUAGUCUGUAUCACCGUAACAGAGAAAUUACCAUUUUACUUCAAAAGACCUCCUAUUAAUGUGGCGAUCGAGCGAGGCCUGGGCUUUGAGCUGGUCUAUGGUCCUGCUAUCAGAGACGCAACCAUGAGAAGGUACACAAUCUCCAAUGCCCUCAAUCUGAUGCAGAUCUGCAAAGGAAAGAACGUAAUUCUGUCCAGUGCUGCAGAAAGGCCUUUGGAAAUAAGAGGACCAUAUGACGUGGCCAACUUAGGGCUGCUGUUCGGGCUGUCCGAAAAUGAAGGCAAGGCUGCCGUGUCCACAAACUGCCGAGCUGCAUUUCUCCAUGGAGAAACUAGGAAAACUGCUUUUGGAAUUAUUUCUACAGUGAAGAAGCCCCGGUCAUCAGAAGCAGAGGAUGAAUCUCUUCCAGCGUGCAAGAAAGCUAAACAUGAGGGCUGAGGAGACAGCCUGAGUCUCCAUCACGCUGCUCCUCCCCUCACAGCUCAUCAGUCACUGCAAAUACACUCCGCUCGGCUGACGUUUUCACUAAACUAGAAACCAAGUCUAUAAAAACAGCUUCAUAUUCAGACAUUAAAACAGCAAAUAAAACCCAGUGAAGCAUUUUUAAAGACUAACGAUUAAUUUAGAUAUACUUUUAAAAGAAAAACUAUUACCCUUCAUGUGAGUAAUGAAUAGCAGUAGGUGCACUGAAACAAGAUGUCUCGAUAUUGUAAAAUAUUGAAAAAUAAUAAAUUAAUGUUUUUUGUUCUUGGUA